AUGCAUUAUGAUAGAUGCAUCCAAACGAUUUGUCAAACUUGUCCAAACCUUAAAUAUUUCAAGAUCAUAGUAAAGUGGACUGAUGAAUUUUACGAUCUGAGAGAUAUAUUACAAAAUUGUCAUUAUUUAGAAGGUUUGGUAAUUGAAUUCCCUUACGAUUCUGAAUCUGAUAUUGAUGAUGAUGAGAGUUUGGUGGGGAAUGAUUGUAAAAUAUUAUUUGAUAUAUUAGCCAAACAUUCUCCAAUGCGUUUAUAUAAAUUUAAAUUACAAAAUAUAAAGACGUUUAUACGCGAUAAUCUAAAAUCUUUCUUUGAUAACUGGAAAGAUCGACCACCCAUGUUAUUUCAAACUAUGCCAAAAUGUAGACUCUUUGGAAAGCAUUUUGAUCUUAUUAAAGAAUAUACAGCGAAAGGUGUUAUCAAGAAGUAUGAUAAUAUUUUAUAUGUGGAAAAUAAUUAUGAUUACUUUGAAUGGGGGUAA